AUGCGUUGGACAAUUGCACUCAUAUUCGUAACCUAUUUGAUGACAGUUCAUGCACAAACAUGGGCUGGAAGCUACACAAUUGAAUCAGGUUGCGAUACCAGUCAAUGUUGCUGUUUGAGCAACCAAAUCGUAAUAACUCGCCCCUCAUCAAAUUUAAUAUUUUUCAACACAAGUUUAAUUGGUAUGUGUCUCGGGCAAACCAGUUAUAGUGGUACUAGUGAUUAUCCAAGUGGUUAUUCAAUUACAGUGUCAGUUAGUAUCGUUACAUUAACGAUUACAUUAAGUGGCGAUAGUAACAGUAUCACUAUCGAUAGUUCAUUGGGCCCAUCGUGCGGUGUACAAGCUACUCGAGAUGACACUGCUACUGAAUUUACUACUGAAACAACUGUCACUGUUAGUAGCAAUGAUGGUCAUUUACUCAUGAAAAUGUCGAUCUAUAAUGAUUGCAAAGAUGUUUUAGCUGCAUUACAUCCUAUGCCAUUUAUUCAUUAG